AUGCCCUCCUCGGACGCUACUGGAGCCGCCUUGUUUCUUGGCGAGGACGGCACUAGCCUAGAAGUGCUACGGAAUGUGGCCAAGCCGCAACCAGAUGAGGGAGAACUGCUGGUCGAGGUGCACUACUCGGGCAUCAACCCAGCAGACCUAGCACACGCACAGCUCGGCAUUACUUCAGUAGUUCUAGGCUACGACUUCAUGGGCAAGGUGGUCCAGGCCGGACCCGACUCCAAAUAUGCCGUAGGAGAUUUCGUCGCCGGGUAUACACCCACCGGCAUCGGUCGGCCGAUGAAGUAUGGUGCGCAUCAACCAUACCUUGCUGCACCCGAGGAUACCGUCUUUCGUGUGCCGGAAAAUCUGCCACAUGCCCACGCUGCGACUCUUCCGGUCGUUGUCACAGUUGCCGCAGAUGCACUGUAUAAUAUCCUCGGACUUCCCUUCCCAGGGGAAACGCCGAGCCCGAAUUUCAAGCCGGCACCACUGUUGAUCUGGGGUGCAUCCACAGGUGCCGGCAUUGCCAUAAUCCAGCUCGCGCGCGCGAGUGGUGUAGAGACCAUCUUUGUCACGGCAUCACCGAAGCGGCACGGUCUCCUCAAGAGCUUGGGUGCUUCGGAAUGCUUUGACUAUGCGGACCCGGACGUCGUGUCCAAAAUCCAAGCUGCUGCCGACCAAGGCACGGAAGGCCCAAUCCUGUACGCCGUCGACGCCAUCGGUGCACCCGGUGCUUCUGCCAUGGUUGCUGAUGCAUCAUCCGACAAGGCCAAGAUGGCCUCGGUACGAGAACACAAGGACCCAAGAUUUACAUUGCCAUUCUCGUCAAAAUCCCGUGACAUGGCUAUCGAGCUACCAGGCAUUGGCCGUAUUAUGAUGCCAGCGCAGCCUCAACAGCAGGCCCAGUUAUGGAGAGGCCUUCUUUGGGCAGUCGAGAACUACGGUUCCCGGUUCUCGAUGCCAUCGGUGGACAUAUUCGAGGGUACGGCUGAAGAUGCCCUAGAAAAGGUCAAGAUCGUGGCGGCCGGCGGAAACUUUGGCAAGAUUGUGCUCAAGCACCCACUACAAUAA